AUGGACUAUGAGAUCAUCAUCGUCUUCUCCAAGCUAGAGAUCCCGGAGGCCGAGUUCACGGCCGUGCGCGCGUCCACUUUGUUCGACGCCGUGCUCGCGGCCUUCCUCACCGAUGCAUGGGACCCGAAGGCGGCCUCGUGCUUCACGAUCCCGCCGCCGCCGCUCGAGGGCGGCCACAAGGUGAAGCUUCUCCGCCUAUUCCUCGCCGUUCGCGCUUGCAGCGGGUUCGCCGUCGUCGCGUCCUAUGGGCGCUGUCAGGACAUCACGAUAGCAAAGAUUAUUGUAGGAGCACUACUAUCUGUGGUGCUAUUGGUGUUCGUGGCAUGGUUUAUCCUCUCCUAUUGGAAGUGGACAAACAGACACCGUGAUUUUAAGAAGCAGGGGAAGCAGCAGGGGCCUACUCAGUUCGAGUAUAGUGAUUUGGCAGCCGCGACAGACAAUUUCUCUGAUGAGAGGAAACUUGGAAAAGGUUUCUUUGGGGUGGUCUAUAGAGGGUACCUGAAGAAAUCGGGAUGUGAAGUAGCAGUAAAGAAGAUCCUGAACAAGUCCCAUGCUAUGCCGGAACCAGACACCAAGAAUUUUUAUGACGAACUCAAUGCCAUCACUUCAGUAAAGCACAAGAAUCUUGUCAAACUCGUUGGUUGGUGCAGUGGAAACAGCUGGAACUUUGUUGAGUUCAUGUGUUGGUGUUGGAAGAACAAAAACAAUGAGCUCUUCCUUGUCUAUGAAUUGGUGCCUAAGGGAAGCCUGCACGACCACCUACACAAAGACGAAAUAAUACUACCAUGGGAAACAAGAUACAAGAUAGUGAAAGACAUAGCAUAUGCUCUUCUUUACCUCCACCACGAGUGCGACCCAUUCAUCUUGCACAGAGAUAUCAAGCCGGGCAAUAUACUUCUGGAUGACAACUUCAAUGCCAAACUCGCUGACUUCGGCCUGUCGAGGAUCGUUGACUCUGACAGUUCAAAGCUCCUGACGGUCCCUAUAGGAACCGAGGCUUACCUAGAUCCACAGUGCAAGAAACCCUUCGGGAAGGUCGAGUUUAGCCGUAGCUCUGAUGUCUACAGCUUCGGCAUCGUCCUGCUUGAUAUCGCUUGCAAAAAAGAUAUGGUCAGGGAAACAGUUUGGAAGCAGUACACCAACAGAUCUAUCCUCCAGGCUGCUGAUGACAAAUUACAGGGCAAGUUCCAUAGAAGUGAAAUGGAGAAUGUUAUCACCCUAGGGCUCUGGUGCUCCUACCCCGAUGAUAGUAAGAAGCGGCCUAGCAUGGAGCAAGUAAUGGCUGUCCUGGAGCAUGGCAAGUCACUCCCAGACCUUAACUCACUGGAAAAUACUUCAGUUUCUACACAACAGGAAGUGUACAUCGAUCCGCAGGGACCCAGUUCUGCUGGCAGCUCCUCCUAUGGGCAGCAUGCAUGAAUCUUUAUAUCUGUGGUUGAGGGAGAUUACUUCGUCAUGCAUACAGUAUGCAUGCGUACGCUGAAACGAAAUGGCGUGGACCAGCUGCAGCGUCCAUGGUCCUUACACAUCUCUAUGAAUAAUACAGCAUCUGAUGUGUAUAUUGCUUUCUAGCACUGAAAACAUGAAUAAAGCAUGCUGGACUGCAUAGAUCAUAUAGCAGGCCUUGUUUUGCAUGCAUAUGUGUUUUGUUGGGCUAUGUAUUAUAUGUGUGUGGACCUGAUAACCAUGGUGAUAUAAGCCAUGAUUCUGUAUCUGUAAUGGAUAUCCUAUUUUAUAAUUC